CACUGAAUUUCCCCUAAGCCACAAACACACACUGGUCUCUCGACUCUCAUUUCAUUUUCAUUCGCAGAAGCAGAAACGAAAAGAAAAGAAAAGAAAAGGAAAAUCCAACUUUUUGAACUCCCCCUUUCACGAGCUCUUCAGAAAAAGCUAGGGUUUCUCCGCCCCAAAACCCAAGUUUUCAAGGUUGUAUCUCUCUCUUUUCUAUCCACCAGCUCUCGUUCUCUCUCGUUAUUUGAUCCUCCUCUUCAUCUGAUCGAUUCAUUGAUCUUUUGGUGUUCUAGAGACCAGACGCAGCAGCUACUGUUUGUUUCCAAUUUUCCUUCCUUUUUUUUCCCACUCUUUAAAUAAAGAGAAGACAUUAGUUAGUGUAAAGAGAGCACAUUUUGGAAACUUCCAUGUGAAGCAAUUUGCGUUGAAUGUGAUCCAACUAUGCUUUUGACACUUCACUGACUGUAAUUGUAAUUCUAUCACAUGGGAACUCUGUCUCUGUCUCUGUUUCUCUACUCUCUCCUACAAGUGGGUGCUUCAUUUCCUUGAUCUCCUUUUUCUUGGGUAUUUCAUUCCCGAGUAACCCGUGAAUUUUGUGGGUUUUCUUUUUUUUAAUAGGAAAUUGUCCCUAACCUCUCAAGGCUUUUGGGUAAUUUUGAGAGAUUAAGAGCUCUCUCAGGAUGGAAGGCAUUGAUGCUUUUGCUUCGCAUUUUCUAAGAUUCAGGGAAUGUCCUAGCGUUGACAUCGAAGGAUAUUUAUAGCAUUUUUUAUGUUUGAAGAUCGGGGCAUCUCGUCAAGUUUCUGGGUUUAUUUAUUUAGUUGUUUGUAUUUAGUUAGUGAUGGAGGAUAUUGGAUUGGUCAAGCAAGGAUGGAAAUGGCUGCAAACACAGAAAAAUGCCUACUCGCGUGUGAAAAAUGCAGCGUUAUGUUUGAGGGACAAGAUUGGUGUAUUCAUAGAGCGCCAUUGGCCGAUGGUGUGCAGGGGAUUUCUGAGAUUUGGUCAAUUAAUGAGUUUCCUUUUGAUUUGUUGGAAGGACUGCCUUUUAAGGGGUUUCCAGUCAGUUAUCACACUGGGUUCAGCAGCUUUGCUUCUUAUAAUGUGGAGUUGCUUUCUUAGUCUCACUUCAAUGUCUUGUGUGCUUUAUGUCUUGCUUAGUAUGGGAGCUGCAGGAGCUGCUGUUCAGUAUUUGGGUUAUACUCCUGGACUUUUUAUUGUUGGACUCUUUGCUAUUUUAAUUCUGUGGAUGUAUGCUAACUUCUGGAUAACUGGAACAUUGUUUAUAGUUGGAGGUUACCUCUUCUCUCUGAAUCAUGCACGUUUGGUGGUCUUCAUGGCGACUGUAUAUGCUAUUUAUUGUGUGAAAGUUCGAGUUGGAUGGCAUGGUGUUUUUCUAUCAAUAAACCUUACAUUUUUAUCAAAUGAUGCAUUAAAUUAUUUGCUCCAAUGGUGUGAUAAUAUCAAUGAAAGUACACACUUUGAAGAGCAUAAGGAAUCCGAAACAGUUAUGCAAGAUGAGUUUUCUCCGGAGUGUGAAUACUCAGUUCCUACUGAUGAAUCUGAAAAGUUGCAGUCAUGCAAGUCAUCGAGCAAACCAGCUGUUACUUCAUCUGUUAUCAGUAACCAAAAUGAGUCUUCCAAUAGAAAGGUAGUUAGAGAAGAAACAAGCUCUGUUGAUGAGAUAAGAAGGAUAUCAAAUAGUGUAGAUCAUUAUGAAGCACUAGGAUUUCCUCGUCAUAAACGAAUUGAUACUACAAUUUUGAGAAGGGAAUAUCGGAAGAAGGCCAUGCUUGUUCAUCCUGAUAAAAAUAUGGGAAGUCCUUUGGCGAGCGAGUCAUUUAAGAAACUUCAUUGCGCUUAUGAGGUUCUUUCUGAUUCAUUUAAAAAGAGGGACUACGAUGAGCAAUUGAGGAAGGAAGAAUCAAAGACUAGGAGUGUAUGUCAAAAGUCGCACGGUGCUCCUCGUCAGGGCAACCAAGACUAUUGCUCUGAGGAGUCGAGGCGUAUACAAUGCACAAAGUGUGGCAAUUCACAUAUAUGGGUGUGCACCAAUAGGAGCAAGGCAAAGGCCAGAUGGUGUCAGGAUUGCUGCCAAUACCAUCAAGCCAAAGAUGGAGAUGGGUGGGUUGAAUACAAAGGCUCGUUGGUCUUUGAUAGGCCUCAAAAGGUGGAAAUACCCUGUGCUUUUGUCUGUGCUGAAAGCAAAAUCUUUGAUGUGUCAGAAUGGGCUAUUUGUCAGGGAAUGGCAUGUAGGCCUAAUACCCAUAGGCCUAGCUUCCAUGUAAACAUGGUCGGUUUGGAGAAGACGCAACGCUCCAAAUCAAGCAGAUACCCGUGGGAUCUGGAUGCUGAGAUGAUGGAUGAGGAUGAAGAAUUUGAGCUAUGGCUUCAGCAGGCCUUGGCGUCUGGGCUCUUUUGUGAGACCUCCACACGUAGAAAGAGCUGGAGUCCGUUCAAAUUGCAUCAAAAGAAAGGGAAGAAGCAAUGGCGAAGAUCAUCUACUUGAAUGAUUGAAAGGAUUAAUGGAGUACAGAAAUUUUCACGGCCCUUCCAAGUAAAAUGGAACUUUGUUUUAGGUGAUUAGUCUCGAUCAGAUCAACCAAAUGUGGUUUGAUGAUCCCAGCCAAGACAGGUUUACAGGUAAGCUGGCUUUGAGAGCAGCAAAUGUUUAACUAACAUUUCGCCCAUAUUUGAGCAUAUAAAAUCUGAAACCUCAUUGCAAUGUCCGUACAGCAAGGAACCACCCACCCAUCUGAAAAUGAAAAACAAAGAAAAUCAUCUCAAUGAGAUGCAUGUUGGGUGUGUUGUUUUCUCAUCUUCUGUACAUAUUCUUUUCAAUAAAAUUCUCAUUUUGACGCAUAUAA